ACGCACGAGGACGCGGUGUGAAAUAAAGAGCAGGAUUAGGAAUACGAGCCUAGAAAAGGACAUUUCCUGUUCUGCGAGGAUGUAUCCGAAAGAGAUGAGGAUAUGCUAUGAGAUUGGAAUCAUAGCAACUGAAGUUCUCCUCUAAAAAUGACGGAUUAAAAAGGUUGAUGACGGAUUAAAUGACGGAUUAAAUGACGGAUUAAAUGGCUCGUGUGCUGGGAACACUGAAUUGAAGAAGUUCAGAUUACAGAUGAUGAACUGAGAAACGGGCAUGGAUGUGAAUGCGUACCCUAAAGAAGGUUCUUAUGUGUUGACUCAAAAAUCCCUAUGGACACCAGCAUUUUAACGCACGCGUUUACUUGAUGCUGGAUUACGGAGUCGGGGUGUCGCUGUGGACAGUGCGCAUGCGCAGAUGGCCAACACGAGCGAUCCCGGUGAAAGCAACAAGCCCUCGCUUCAGGACUAUGCUAUCACUGCUUCUGCUGUGAAACUGGCCUCUCUCGGUCUCAUUGCAGGGGUCAGUGUGUUGGGAAACAUGCUGGUCUUGCUGCUGGUGAUUAAAGAUCGUUCUCUUCACAAAGCACCGUAUUAUUUUCUUGUUGAUUUGUGCUUGGGUGACAUAGCGCGCUCGGCAUCGUGCUUCCCAUUCAUGAUGGCGUCUGUGGCACAUGGCUCGAUGUGGGCUUACGGUGCUAUGAGCUGCAAAGCUGUGGCUUUUCUGUCUGCUCUGUUCUGCUUUCAUGCUGCCUUCGUGUUGUUUGGUGUGAGUGUCACACGCUAUAUGGCCAUCGCACACCACCGCUUUUAUGCCAAGCGUAUGACACCAUGGACGUGUGCGGCCGUCAUUGGUGUUUCAUGGAUUUUGGCAGCGGCCAUGGCCCUGCCACCUGUGUUUGACAUGAACACAUAUAGAUUCAUGCAUGAGGAGGAGCAGUGCAUGUUUGAGCAACGCUAUGCGAGGGUCAACGACACGCUAGGAUUCACUCUGAUGUUGGCUGUGGUAGUGGGAGCCACACACGCAGUGUAUGUCAAGAUGCUCUGCUUCGUGUAUGACCACCGCAAGAUGAAGCCAGCCCAGGUAAUCCCAGCUGUCAGCCACAACUGGACUUUUCAUGGGCCUGGAGCCACAGGUCAAGCGGCUGCUAACUGGAUCGCUGGAUUUGGACAUGGUCCGACACCACCCACUCUCGUGGGCAUCAGGCAGGUAUCACACAGUGCUAAUAGAAGGCUGCUUGUCCUGGAUGAGUUCAAGAUGGAGAAGCGAAUUGGGAAAAUGUACUAUAUGAUAACUCUGGCUUUCUUGUUACUCUGGGCACCGUACAUUGUGUUGUGCUAUGCGCAAGUAUUGGUCAAGGAAAGUGGCAUGCCGCGGGCAUACGUGAAUGCUGCAGUAUGGCUGACUUUCGCUCAGGCAGCCACCAAUCCGCUCAUUUGCUUCAUUUUCAACAAGGAGCUCAGGACACGAUGCCGAGCCUGCUUCCCUUGCUGCUUGACUAGUCCUACACAAACGCCCAUGGAGCCAUAUUGUGUGAUCUAAAGAAAGUUUCUGGUCUACACCUACAGUAUAUUUUUCUCCUAUUGAAGUAUUCUCAAGAAAUGUAGAUUCAUUUAAAACAACAACAACAACAACAACUUCAUAAGACCAAGAUAGAGCUGUAAUGAACUGGUUUGACAAAAACAGGUUGUCCAACAUAGUAACUUACACACAAGUUAUUUAAGUGAGUAGUAAAUCAUUAUGGUGUGUGCAGUCACAGGAAAAUUAUCAACGAUCAGGUGGUGUGAUGCAUUACCACGCCUUGAUUACAUAACUUUUUCCUAUUAUUUUCCUACAACAGCACAUCAUAAAGUGUUGUAUUCCUCUUAUACCACAGUAAUUUGCCAACGAUUAUAAUUUUGUGUCUAAUACCUGACGGCAUAACAUACUUUGUGAACUGUUUAUAGUUAUGUUUAAUGUUGCGUAACGUCUGUGGGACAGAUUAGUUCCUGUAUCUAGUCUCAUGUUACAGCAUCUAUAAACAGUUUAAUUUUUAUAGUAAAGAAUACUUUCCCAUAGUGGAAACCCUGUUACAAUGCACUGAUGCCCAAGACACCUGCCAUAAAUGUAAAACAAACAUCCACUUACAGAAAGCUUCUUUCUUAAAUAACACAACACAUUUAAACCCGUUUAUUAUUAGGCUUUAAAUGAUGUGGCGCGUCCGCCGUUCAAGUCCCUGUGAAUGAGCUGUUGCUAUAGAAACGAGAGCAUAUCGGAAUGAGCGCAUUAAUAUAAACCUGUCAUUUGAAUUACAGCCAGCACUUUUGUCAGAACUGGUGUUAGAGAAAAUUAAUCAACACCCUGCGAACAGUCAGAUUCAAGAAUUCAACAGUGCUGUAGUAGAACUAAAUAAAACAUGAAAAGGGAAAGGGUGUAAAUAAUACAUUGAAGGCAAAAGGAAUAAUGUUUUUAAAAUUCUGCGUACAUAAGGUGUUUCUGUAUCAAAAUAAUAAACAGGUAUCAAAAUAAUGAUAUAUACUGUAUAAUCAUGCAUUAUAUUCAUGCAGGAUAAGGGUACAUAAUGGGAUCAUAAAGGAAUGACAGGAUCUCCUUUCACACUUCACUGUCACUGAUCAUACAAGACAACACUUAACAUAAAUGGUUUCAUCCCACAUGGCUGAAAGGUUUUGUUUAUUGUUUUUCAAGGAUUCUUUGGAUAGAUAAGUGUUCUCAGCUCCCCCCCCCCCACCCUUCAUCCAUCCAUCCAUCCAAUGAGUAGGGAAACAUUCAGUUGUAUGGUUGUACAUAAGACAUUUCUAUGUCCCAGGGGGACAAACCAAAGAACCCCAAGGGUUCUGGAUUGAACCGUUUUUAAGCGUGUAACAAACACAUUCAUAUGUUUCUCAACAAAACAUACUGGCUUUUGCUGCAACUUCUGUAUAAUUUAUUUCUACUUCUUUAUAUUUGCUGUGUAAUAUAUUUGCAAAGAGCUUAACACAUUUCUUUUUCAUUUGGUGUGUUGGAAGUCUUUUUCUAUGUGUAUCUCAUGGACUUCAGUGAUCUGGACGAUGCAGCAUCUUUUCACCUUCCUGUUAUUUUAUAAAGUAUUUUAUAUAAGGACUUGAACAAACUUUUAUUGAUGUUUUUUGUUAAUAAAUAAUAUGGACUGGUGUUACAGAGACAUUUGCAUUGUCUGUAUUGGAAGUCAAAUAAAACAUUGCCAUUCAAAUAUGGCCUAUAAAAUUUUGUUUAUACAGUUAAGUCACUCCUAUACAGCAAGCACUUUAUCCUGACCAGGGUGACCGUGGCUCCUGUCCACUAGGUACAAGGCAGGAAUGCAUGCUGGAUGGGAUGCCAGUCUUUCUCAGGGCUCCAUGAACACACGUCCACAUUCAUUUUAGAUAAGUGCCGUUAUUGAGAGCCAGACCCUGUGUUCUGGGGAAAGACUCUGGCUCCACCAUUAUCCUUACUUAGGAUAAAGCGAUUAUUGAAUUUGAAUGUCAGUGAAUGAAUUCAUCUAGAAAUUGGUAGAAUGUUCUUCAUACAAAAUGUCAAGUUUGUAGUUAUAUUUUUGUCUGCCAUGUUUUCUUUUUUUGUUUUUUUUGCUAAUGUUAUUUUUAUUUAUAUCUUAGUGUGUUGCUGAAUCUGAAAUCCAAGGGACCAGGCAUAUAUACGGGGUUACAAUGUUGUUUCAUUUGCACUCCUAUGUUGUGUUUCACCCCCUUAGACUAACUCGUUUCAACUAAGGUUAUGCUCUCUGAAUUUGUUCUUGGGCCAACUGAGCAGAGGUGGAAGUGAUUUUUAAUGCCAUUUGCUCCUUUUAGCAGAAGCAAAUGUUAUUUAAAGCACCUGCGAAGGCUACAAAGAACGCAUUGUAUUCAACUGUCCAUUGAUUAUAGAGUUUUUAUUCCCUGCAUCAUGUGGAAAUAGGUGUUUUCACAAAGGCUUCACUAAAAUAAAUAAGCCAAACGUGCCUUUCAGCUGCGACUGAAACUCCACUCUAUCCAUUAUGCUGCCUGUCAUCCUUCUUCUACAGCUCAGCUUUGAAAACGACUGAAUCAACACUGGCAUUUCCGCAAGCUAUUUUCAUCUUUGUCAAGGACUAUAGUAGAUUAGUAUAUACAAAGCACAUCCUUCAGAAAAAAAAAACAACAACCUGGUGUUAUUUGGCCAUUCAGCAUAUU